CCGACGUUCUGGACGGUCACUGUUCGUGCGAAGCUCUCGGAGGUGUGGCUGACGACGCUCUCUCUGCCUGUCUACACGUAGUAACCGUACAGUUGUGGCUGCCUAGACGUUAGUGGUAGGUCUAUAUAGUCAUUAUUCUCUCUGCAUCUUCGCAUCCUUCUGCUCUUCCAUCAACACAUCAUCAUUAAGAACCAAUCAUGCCAUCAGUACGCUACUACAACCAAACCGCUCCCUUUUGGGACUUCAUCGCCAGCAUGGAGGAGCAGGGCGCCUCACACCCUUUCUUCGCUGGCAUGAACAAUAACAACCACAACCGCCAAACCGACGAGUCCGACAACGAGCCGCAACCAAACCCAUGGACCGACGGAUGGGCCGCUGGCUUCCCCUUCGGAGGCCCUUUCGCUCACCGCGGCAGACACGGACCCCCUCGUCACCCCAACGGCCCGCCACCCCAUCACGGACCGCAUCAUCACCCGAAUGGCCCACCGGGCCCGCCACCACCGCCAGCAGCUGAACACGAUAUGCCAGACCCACCAGAGCAGGUCCCCGAAGAUGGCCCGUCUGACGCACGCGGUCCCCCUCCGCCAUUCGAGGAAGAGCCGCCACACCAUGGACCAGGCCAUCAUGGCCGUCACGGCCCAGGCCAUCGCGGACGCGGUGGUAUGCGGGGACGUGGCGGGUUCGGCGGACGUGGACGCUGCGGCGGGCGUGGUCCGUUCGGCCACCCAGCCUUCGGCGGUCCUGGCGGCUUCGGCGCCCUGGCUGAGAUGUUCCAGUCGCAGUUGUUCGGCGAGCACAACGAGAACAGCAGGGCCGCCGACGACAACAAGGACGACGCGUCUUUCCGCCCGGAGGUUGAUGUCUUCGACACUACAUCCAGCUUCGUCGUGCACGUCUCACUUCCCGGCGCGAAGAAGGAGGAUGUGGGUGUGAACUACGACGUGGAGAAGUCUGAGCUCAGCAUUGCUGGCGUCGUUUACCGUCCGGCUGACGAGGAAUUGCUGAAUGCGCUUGCGAUGGAUGAGAGGAAGGUCGGGGUGUUUGAGAGGAAGGUGCGGCUUGGCAGCAGAGCUAGCCCGGCGCAGGUUGAUGUCGAAGGCAUCAGUGCGAAGUUGGAAGAAGGUGUGCUCAAGAUUGAUGUCCCUAAGCUGUCAGCUGAGGAUGGCUUCGUGGAAGUGAGGAAGGUAGACAUCGAGUAAGCUGUUGCCCACUCGGACGGGUAAGAGGAGGAAGAUGUGAGGUAGGUAGGUAGGUAACAAUAAGAACCACAACAUAAUGUCAAGCACACAAUCCCA